GAAGACGAAACGUUGAAAUAGGUUAUGGAUAAUACGUUUUUAUAAACAUAAGUAAAAUGAGUGUAAUUAAUCAAAAGGAUUAUUUGAAAAAAUACUUAAAAAUUGGGAAACAAACAAAGGAAAAGAAAAAAAAGAAGCAAUCUAAUAAACUACUUGGAAAAGGACUAAAAAUUAUUGAUGAUGAUGUAUACACUAACUUAUCACAAGAAAUACAAGACGACAUAGAUGCAGCAAAUGAAGAUGCUCCUCAGAUUGUGGCAGUAAUUGAUGAUAGACCACCUUCUAUGCGAGUAGAUGAAAAAACUAAAAAUAAUUUAUGGCAACCUAUAGGAGAAUCAAAUAUAACUUCAAAUGAGUCUAAAAAUUUCAAAAUAGGCAAAAUAAAUUUACAUAAAAAUGAUGAACCAAAAAAAUCAAGUAAAAGUAAAUUACAUAAUAAUUUGCCUCUGAUAGAAAAUAAAUCUAAAAAUCUAGAUGACUACUCUUCAAAAAAUAGAAAUGAACAAACUUCUAGAAGAAAAUACAAUACAUCUCCACCUAGGGAUAAUAAUUUCUUUCCACCUAGUAGGCAAGGUGAAGAUUACUCUCCACAAAGAAGAAAAGAUGAAGAUUACUCUCCACCUAGAAGAAAAGAUGAAGAUUAUUCUCCAUCUAGAAGAAAAGAUGAAGAUUACUCUCCCCCUAGAAGAAAAAAUGAAGAUUACUCUCCACCUAGAAGAAAAGAUGAAGAUUACUCUCCACCUAGAAGAAAAGAUGAAGAUUACUCUCCGCCUAGAAGAAAAGAUACAAAUAAAGAUUCCGCGUCUAAGAGAUCAGGUGAAGAUUAUUCUCCAUUAAGAAGACCAGAUAAAAAUCAAUCACCACUUAGAAAAAAAUAUAAAGAUUACUCUCCAUCAAGGAGAAGAGAUGAAGAUUAUUCUUCACCCAAAAAAACUGAUAAAGAUCACUCUAAAUCUAGAAGAAAAAAUGAAGAUUACUCUCCAUCUAGAAGAAAAGAUAAAGAUUAUUCUCCACAAAGAAGAAAAGAUAGAGAUUAUUCUCCAAAGAGAAGGAAGGAUAGAAAAAAUUCUUCUGCUGUAGAAAAGGGCCACUCCCCUGAAAGGAAAAAAAGCAAAGAUUCUCUCUUAAGGAAGGAAAAAUAUUCUAAUGAUGAUGAGUGUUCUUUAAGAAAAGAUUCACCGCCUCCUACAAAAACUUCAGGAGUCAAAAGAAAAGAUGAUUUACCCAAUCCCCCAAUCAAAAAACCAUCUAGAUGGGAAAAAGAUGAUCUUUCUAAACCUGAAACUACUUUGAGUGGUAAAAAAUCGGGAUUACAAAGGGCGCAGAAUUUAAUAGAAGACAUGGCUAGGUUACAAAAACAGGAAGAGGAAAUUUUUAAAACAAUGUCUGCAGAAGUAUCUGGAGUUAACGCAGCCACUGUCAUAAGAAAAAAGAAACAAGAAGAGGUGAGAGAUCCAGAAAAAGAAGCGAGAGAAAAAGAGAUGAAAGAGAAAUAUUCAGUGUGGGGUAAAGGUUUGAAGCAAGUUCAAGAUGAAACUGCAAAGUAUGAAGAUCAGUUAAAAGAAAUGAACAAACCGUUGGCUAGGUAUGCAGAUGAUGAAGAUUUAGAAAGAUAUUUGAAGGAGCAAGAAAGAGAAGGUGAUCCAAUGCUGGCAUAUAUAAGAAAAAAGAAAAAGAAAGUUGCUGUCGAACAAGGUAUUUCAGAAAAACCAAUGUAUAUGGGAGACUUUAUGCCAAAUCGGUUUGGAAUUCCCCCUGGGUAUAGGUGGGAUGGAGUAGAUCGAUCCAAUGGUUAUGAAACAAAGUGGUUCCAAACACAAAACUCUAAAAAAGCGAUGCAAGAUGAAGCUUUGAUGUGGAGUACGGAAGAUAUGUAAAUAAUUAUAUUUAGGUUUUUAAUAAAUCAAUUUAUUUACUGUACAA